AUGACUAGUCGAGAACGUGAUAAGUUCAGAAAAUACGGGUCAGGAAACGUAAAACGAGAAAAAAAACGGAAGGCUGAGGAGUUUAUGCAGAAACAUAGGGGUACCAUGAACAAAUUUUUAACCAUAUCUAAAAAUGAAGAUAUUGAAAUCACUGAAAACCCAAAACAAUCCAGUUCUUCAUAUUUAGAUAAUACUCCAAAUAUUAUAUUGAAUGAUAACAUUGAAAUCACUGAAAACCCAAAACGGCCAAAACAAUCCAGUUCAUCAUAUUUAGAUAAUACUCCAAAUAUUAUAUUAAACGAUGACAUUGAAAUUACUGAAAACCAAAAACAAUUAAGUUCAUCAUAUUUAGAUAACACUCCAAGUAUUAUAUUAAAUGAUGAUAUUGAAAUUACUGAAAAUACAAAACAAUUAAAUUCUUCAUCUUUAGAUAACACUCCAACUAUUAUAUUAAAUGAAGAUAUCGAAAUUAAUGAAAAUCCAAAACAAUCAAAAAGUAACAAUAAGUGUAUAGGAAAAAAUGUUAUUGGUAAUGAUGAUCGCUUAAAAAAUCAAUCACAUAUAUGGGGUGACCCUGGAAACUGGCCUAGCCAUAUAGACAGUCAAAUAAGAUAUGAUAUAAUUAAGUUAGGACCAAUACGCUUAGUGGAUUAUGAAUUUCCAAAGACUCUUCAAAAUGAUAGCUCUAAACGAAAAUUUACCAAAAACUUGUAUACAAGAAAUUUAAUAAAUGGUGAAAAAACUGAUAGAGUUUGGCUUGUUUAUUCGAUUACGAAAAACUGCGUGUUUUGUUAUAGUUGUAAGCUUUUCUCUUCUGAAAACCCCCACCUCAACCAUCUAAGUACUAUCGGAACAAACGACUGGAAACACUUGCCUGAGAAACUUAUAACUCAUGAGCGUUCUGUUCAGCAUUUUAAAUCUAUUGAAGCCUGGACAGAAUUUAAAAAAAGAAUUUUGAAAGAAAAAUGUAUUAAUCAACAACAUUUAUCUAUUAUUGAGAAGGAGAAAAUUCAUUGGACAAAUGUACUGAACAGAAUUUUAUCAGUCAUUCAUUAUUUAGCUGCUCAUAAUGAUGCAUUUCGAGGUUCAUCAGAUGUACUUUAUACUAAAAGUAAUGGGAAAUUUCUUGGUUUAAUAGAAAUGCUGGCGAAAUUCGAUCCAGUAAUAAUGGAACAUGUUUACAGAAUUCAAAAUAAAGAAACACAUGUCCAUUAUCUAGGUCAUAGAAUACAAGACGAAAUUAUUAAUAUGAUGGCCAAUGAAAUCAAGCAAAAAAUAAUAAGAAACAUACAGUCUGCUAAGUACUUUACGAUUAUAAUGGAUUGCACUCCAGAUAUUGAACACAGCGAGCAACUUGCUAUUCUUUUGCGAAUAGUACAUAUGGACGAAGAAAACGAAUACAGUACACCUACUAUACAGGAAUAUUUCUUAGAUUUUAUAACGGUCGAUUCUACAACUGGUUUAAAUUUAUCUGACGUUCUAAUGAAACAACUUAAACUAUAUAAAAUAAACAUUGAAAAUUGUCGAGGUCAGGCCUACGAUAACGGAUCGAACAUGACAGGAAGAUAUCAAGGAGUUCAAACCCGAAUCUUAAAUAUAAAUCCACGAGCAUUUUUUACUCCUUGCGCUGCCCAUAAUUUAAACUUAGUCCUGUGUGAUGCUGCCAAAAAUUCAACUAUAGCCAUUACAUUUUUUGGUAUAGUUCGACGUGUUUAUACAUUAUUUUCUGCAUCAACAUGUCGCUGGAGUAUUAUUAAAAAACAUUGUACAGUGUUCACGGUUAAACAAUGGUCAGAGACGAGGUGGGAGAGCCGUAUAAAUAGUGUGAAAGCUUUACGUUUUCAACUUUCAAGUAUUUUAAAUGCUUUAGAAGAAGUUUCCGAGACAGCUAGUGAUUUGAUGGCCCGAAGUGAGGCUGUUUCACUAUCAAAUGAAAUUGGUAAUUAUGAGUUUAUAUUAAGUCUUGUGAUUUGGUAUGAUAUUUUAACAGAAGUAAAUAUUGUGAGCAAAAGUACACAAGAUCAUAACAUGGAUAUAAAUACUUCUGUAAAAAUGGUCCAAAGUCUAAUACAGUUUUUGCAUCAAUAUAGAGAAAAUGGGUUUAAUUUGGCGAAAAUUGCUGCUACCAAAUUAGCUGAAGAUUCUGAUAUUGCAGUUGCUUUCAAAAAUCCACGAGUAAGAAAAAAGAAAAAAUUAUUCGAUUAUGAAAAUGUUGAAGAACCUGUGUUAAACAAUGAAGAUCGGUUUCGUACAAAUUAUUUUUUCGUCAUUCUUGACCAUGCAAUACAGUCGAUUAAGAAACGCUUUAAACAGUUAGAGACUUAUUCGGACAAUUUUGGAUUUUUACAUCGCAUUGGCAAGUUGAAAACAAUGGAAAAUGAUGAUUUAUUAAAACACUGUAAAGAUUUGCAAUUAAUUUUAACAGAUAACGAUCUAAAAGAUAUAGAUGGAUUAGAUUUAUUUUCUGAACUAAUCAUUUUUCGAACUUUAAUUGACGAAGAUACAAAUUCACUCCAGGCACUUAAUAUUUUAAAAACAACAAAUGGAUCAUUUCCUAAUCUAACCAUUGCUCUUAGAAUAAUGUUAACCAUUCCUGUGACAUCUGCUUGUGCGGAAAGAAGCUUUUCAAAGCUAAAGCUAAUAAAAACUUAUUUGCGCAAUCGAUUAGGCCAAGACAAACUUUCUGAACUAGCUUUAAUAUCAAUUGAAGAAGAAGUAUCGUCCACAAUCGACUAUAAACAUCUCAUUGAUAUCUUCGCUUCAAAAAAAUAUUUAUAUACAACAGUCAUAAACUAA